AUGCCUGACUCUGAGUGGCCUGGCGCGGCCGCGCACUCAGAUGAUCAUCGUGACACAGGAUAUACACCAGGUAACGAUGUAUGGACCCAAUGGCGCAAUAUCUUUGCCAUGUUGUCGGGGAAGAUGUCAGACGAGGGAAAGGAACAGUUCCGGGUUGCAAGAGAUGUUCGAAAUGAAGUUGCGGACUGCAAGCGCUGCGAAGAUCAGCGAGAUUAUCUACUUCAGUGGAGCCCAGUUAUUCGUUUUCUGAGCGACAAUAUUCGACAACUUGGAGGAGAUCUUUCUAGCCACAACAUCUACUGCCGUAGGUGCACAAACAGGAAGGCUGGGGGAUUUGAUCCCGAAUAUGGUAUUCUUCUCUGCGCAAAUGAAAUGAAAGACCAAGGGCACCUUGAGGACACAAUGGCCCAUGAAAUGGUCCAUGCCUAUGACCAUCUAAGAUUUAAAGUUAAUUGGGCAGAUAACCUGCGGCAUGCAGCCUGCACCGAGAUUCGUGCCAGCUCGCUCAGCGGAGAAUGCAGAUGGGCAAGAGAGUUUUUCCGACGAGGUCAGUGGAAAGUCACACAGCAGCAUCAGGAAUGCGUGCGAAGAAGAGCCAUUUUAUCUGUACGGGCAAGACCCUCGUGUAAAGAUGAGGCACAUGCGGAAAAGGUUGUGAAUGAAGUUUGGGACAGCUGCUUCAGAGACACGCGACCGUUCGACGAGAUUUACCGAUAA